AUGACGGAUUAUAAACCUAUCCCUGAGCUAAAAGCAGGACCUGUGGGAAGACGUAGAUGCACAGAUUGUCUUUUCUGUAUUGCUUUUAGUCUAUUUAUAGGCGCCAUGGUGACUGUCGCAGUCAUUGGGUUUGAAAACGGCGAUCCCUACUUGCUAAUUUACCCCCACGACUCUUCAGGCUUUCAAUGUGGCCGAGACGGUCGAGUUACAAGCGACUACAAGUAUUUAUAUUACCCAUCUCCAAUACACGACCCAGACUAUAAAGUUUGUGUUAAACACUGUCCAAAACAAUAUAACCAAAAAAACAUAGAGUGUUAUCCUAACCGGUGGGUAACAGACUGUACAUUCUUACUAAAAUAUAAUGAUACAGAUUUUACCCCAGUUCCUUCAUAUCAAAGCCAGUCCUUCCUUACUCCUCCGUUAGCGACAAAAAAAAUUUUUGCUAGGGGGAUAUUUUUUUUUUGAAAAUUUAUAUAAAUUAUAUAGUAAAUGUUUUUUUCGAAAUUUAAAAAAAUCCCAAUUAUAAAAAUGUAAAGCAAAUAUUUAUUUAAUUUGCAAAAUUUAUAAUUUAAAAUGCAAUUGUUUUAAAAUUAAAUAGAAUUAGCUAGAGAUUUGAUUAUAUUAGUUAUCACUUUAUAUCAAUUUUUUUUUCAUAAACAAUUUUAUAUUAUUGCUAUUUUAUGUUAGCUCUCGGAGGGAGUUUUUGGGCAAAAAAAUAGGGAUUUUCUAAAUAUUUUGUUCGCUCACAGAGGGGGGUGUUAAAAGAUUUUGCAUUCCUGAUGAUGAUGACUUAAAUGAGGCUUUUGAUGAUGUGAUGGAUAUCAUUUAUGACGACAAUUUAAAAGGAUGGGCUACUGAUAUUUAUGAAGCUUGGACAGCUACUCUUAUUGUGCUUGGAGUAUCCAUCGUGGUAUCAAUUAUCUACCUUGGCUUACUAGCUUCUUCCUUCACCAAUAGUAAGCGAAUUGUUUGCUCGCUGAUGAGGUUUAAUUUUUUUUUGGAUUUCUAAUUAUUCUAAUUUGCAAAUAUAUAAGUAGGAUAAUUUGAUUUAAUUUAUGUUUGAAUUCAGACUCUUUAAGCUAAUAGAAUAAAAUAUUUUUUUAAUGCCUGCUCAUAGAAGAGGGUUUAUUUUCCAAAAAAAUGAAAUUUUUCAAAAUUUUUGCCCGCCCACAGAGUGAGGUAAGAUACUGCGUAGGCGUUAUUGUGUGAUGCAUGAUUUUGGCUUGUCUGCUUGCGAUCACUGGCUUUGCAUAUUUUUUGUAUCACACUUCAGAAACAACUUACAGUGGAAAGCAGCACAAAAAAACAAGAGAGGCUAUUAAAAUUGCCUCUUACAUUAUGUUCGGAGCAGUCGCCGUUUUUCUUAUUUUUAUAUUAUUUAUGUACAAAAGAAUUAGACUCGCUAUCGCAAUUAUGAAAUCAGGCGCAAUAUUUUUAAAAGAUGCCUGGAUUAUUCUUUUAGUCCCUGUCUUGGUCUUUGUGUUUAGUGUAGGAUUUUUCUGUUAUUGGAUCCUUUCGCUCGUUUAUAUUUACUCAUCUGGAGGAAUGUAUCAUAAAGAUGAAGAAGGAAAAAUGGCCCAUAUUUCAUGGGAUGAGUCAGAGAGAAAUUCUUUUUAUUUCGAACUUGUCGCGAUUCUGUGGGUUAAUUCUUUUAAGGUUGCGCUUGUCCAAUUCAUAAUUGCGUGCAGCGUUUGUAUUUGGUAUUUUUCAGAAACAAAAGGACAUGUAGGGCUUGGGCCGAUUUGCAGAAGCACUUAUUAUGCUUUUCGUUACCAUUUAGGCUCGCUGGCGUUUGGGUCAUUUUUGCUUGCUCUUAUAAGGUUCGUGAAGUGGUAUUUGGUUUUCUUGCGAAAAUAUGUAUAUAAGCAAGUAUUGGAGGGAAAUAAAUGUGUGAAAUUUUUGUGCGGAUGUGUUGCGUGCUAUGUUAGCUGUUUAGAAAGGUUUAUUAAAUUUAUUAAUAAAAACGCGUAUAUUCAAAUCGCGUUAACUGGAGACAGCUUUUGUGUUAGUGCAAGGCAUGCUUUUAUAUGCAUUCUUGAGAAUGCAGCUAGAUUUGCUGCUUUACUCCCCGCUUUAAAUUGGGACAAAAAAUUCUGUUCUAAUUUAAAUUGGUUUAAUUUUUUUUUUAAAAUCUAUAAAAUUUUUAAAAAAAAAAAAAUAUAAAUUAAAAGCAUUAUUUUGAAUUUUAUUUUAUUUUUAUAAAGAAUUUAUUUAAAAAAUUAAUCGAUUCAGCGUGAGAGCUGUUUAAAUAAUAUUCUACUUGCAAAUUUUUCCAUUAAAUUUAGGUCAAAACUAAUUAAUCAAUAUUUUCCUAUUAUAAAAUUUCCUAAUGGAAAAAAAAAUUUUAUAUGUUAAAAUACCCAAAAAAUGGAUAUUUUACAAAUAUUUUGUUCCAGUUUAAAGAGGGGAGAGCUAGGAAGUUUGGGAGAAGUAUUUUCCUUUUUAGGAAAAGUUCUAAUUACUGCAAUUUCAAGUUUUAUUGGAUACAUGAUCAUUACUCAAGUCGAUUACUAUGAAGAAUAUAUAGAAAACCCUCUUCCUCCAACAAUCAUUUUUAUAAUAGUCAGUUACCUAGUAGCUGGAAUCUUCAUGAGUGUCUACGAAAUGACCUGCGAUACAAUUCUCCAAGCCUUUUUAAUUGACGAAAAACUAAACCCAUACAGCGGAGCCGCCUAUGCUCCAAAGCCUUUACAAGUAUUUAUGACUGACCAUAGAAAAGGUGACUCUUAA